AUGUCAGGCUGGGAUCAGUACGUAACUAAUUUGACAAGUCAAGGCAUUACACAUGCCGGAAUCUUUGGUGCUGAUGGAUCAAAAUGGGCUGCAUCUCCACAUUUUCCAUCAAUUGAACACCUUAAAGACGAAUUAUCAAAAGCUUUUUCUUCCACACCAUCAGGCAUUGUAGUGAAUGGUGAAAAAUAUAUUUUCAUUCGUAAUCAAGACAAUUUUGUUGUCUUACGAAAAGGUGCUGAUGGAAUGGUUAUUGUUAAAUUAAAUCAAGCUUAUAUUAUUUCAAUUGGUGUCAAUCAAAAACCUGAAAUGUUAGUAGGAGCAACGAACAAGAUCGGUGAAUAUUUGAAAAAUUGUGGUUAUUAG